UUCAAGGUCAUUAACUUACACUAGUUUACACCGUAUUUACAUAAAAUAAUAUAUUCGUAACAGAAUCAGUAAACAAUUGGAUAGUAACAAAAACAACCGGGCAGAUUAUAAUAAUGUAUUCCGGUUCAGAUUUCGAUUUCGAAGCCCAACAGCGGCAGACUGUACUCGAAGGACGAAGGGUUUUAGAACGUACUGGGCAAAGUCUUGCUCGCUCAAACCAGGUUGCAAUUGAAACUGAACAAAUUGGUACAACCGUUGUUACCGAAUUGGGCGAGCAACGUGAAACCUUGCUGCGAGCCAAGAAUCGUCUCUCUGAAGCUGAUGCCAACCUGGAUCAAACCAGAAGUAUCCUCAGGAGAAUGGGGAGGAAUGUUUUGUACAACAAAAUGAUUUUGAUUCUGAUAAUUGUCUUGGAGAUUGGUAUUUUGAUUGCUGUUACUUUUAUCAGGUUCUUUAGGAAGUAGACUUAUAGAGGCAUUGACUAGUGUCAUUUAUACCCAAAGACCACCUUAAUCUUUAUUAAUAUUUUGUAAUUUAGUUAGUUUAAGCUUAAGUUUUAGUAAUUAUGCAUUUAUAAUGAAAUGUGAUAUAAAAUAUAAACCUAUGAGAUACUGUA